UGUGCUGCCUAGGUAACCGGCUCACUAGGUUUUGAGAUUAUCUCAGGUUUGUUAAUCUUUUUGUUGUACACUAUUACUGUAAACAAACAUGAGCUGCCGCUGUCUUGGCCGGGAGGAGGGACCACUUAUGGUUUUAGUCAUAGUGUAAAUCGUUAAAUAAGCAGAUGUUUCCUAUGGCUGUGUUGUCUUCUACUAUCGUCAUAUGCGACAGUAUCGUUUAAUGGGACUGUGAAGAAUGGCAGCAAAGGAGGAUCUUUACUCUAAGAUUAUUCCGCGCAGACUUCGACAGAACAGUUGUAUCACUGUCAAACAUGGGAAUCUGGACGUGUUGCUGUUGAUGGGAUUUCCUCAAAACAGAGCAUUGAAAGCUCUUGCAUCAACCGGAGGCAGAAGUGUUCAGCUAGCAUGCGACUGGAUUUUCUCCCAUUUGGGUGACCCUUUCCUUGACGACCCUUUACCUAGAGAGUAUGUGCUGUAUCUGCGCCCCAGUGGCCCUUUACAGAACCAACUUUCUCAUUUCUGGCAGGAGUCUCGCUUGACCUGUGGCAAGAACAAAGCUCACAACAUCUUUCCACACAUCACACUCUGUCAAUUCUUUAUGUGUCCAGACAAUAAAGUAGGGGCUCUGUGUGAAGCUCUGCAGUCGGCUGUGGAUCAGUGGAGAGGACGAUUCCCCAGCCCUCUUCCUCUGGAUCUCUACACCUCCACAAACUUCAUAGGCCUCUUUGUGGAGGAGCAGGUGGCAGAGUCGCUGAAGAAGUUUGCGGCUGACUUCGCGGCGGAGGCUGCCAUUAAAGCUGAUGUUCAUGUGGAACCCCAUAAAAAGCAGCUUCAUUUGACUCUGGCCUAUCACUUUCCAACCAAUCAUUUUUCUUCCUUGGACAAAUUGGCAAAAGGGAUUGAGGUCAAAUUGGGAUGUGACUGGCUUGCUGCUGUCUUCUCACGGGAUGUAAGAUUUGCGAAUCAUGAGACUUUGCGAGUGAUGUACCCCUACACUCCCCAGAAUGAUGAUGAGCUGGAGCUUGUGCCAGGAGACUUUAUCUUUUCAUCUACUGUGGAACAAAUCAGCACUAGUGAGGGCUGGGUGUAUGGCACCUCUCUGGGUACAGGCAUCUCUGGACUGCUGCCUGAGAACUAUGUCAGCCUUGCUGAUGAGUCUGACACAUGGAUCUUCCAUGGGUCACAGUCCUUCUUUUGUACCUCUCCAGAGAGCAAACCAUUGGACGGGCUGCGCAACAUUCGUUGCUUGGAUAACUUAAAGCUGGAGGAUUCUGCAAUCUUGAGUGUUAUUUGCCAACCUAUGCAGGUUCCUGAUUGGUCUAGGAAUUACAUUACAACAAUUAGAAUGCUUCGGUCCAAUAUCCUGACUCAGCUUCCUAAAAGGACCUUGUUUGUAUGUCGGCAUGGAGAGAGGAUGGAUGUUGUGUUUGGAAAACACUGGUUCUCACAGUGUUCGGACUCUAAAGGUUGGUAUGUGAGGAGUAACCUAAAUAUGCCUGCUGAACUACCUGCCGGGGAUGGAGUACAGAGGGACUAUGAAAUGGAUGCUCCUAUCACAGUGGUUGGAUCUACACAGGCCAGGAUAGUGGGUGAGGCUCUGCUGGAAAGUAAUACCACUAUUGAUUUUGUGUACUGCUCACCCAGCCUACGCUGUGUCCAGACAGCUAAUGAAAUCCUCAAAGGAAUGCAGCAGGAUGGAAGAAUCAGCAUUCGAGUGGAGCCUGGGCUUUUUGAGUGGACUAAAUGGGUGCCAGGAACAACUUUGCCUGCUUGGAUACCUCCCACAGAUCUUGCUGCGGCCAAACUCAAUGUAGACACAACAUACAGACCUCACAUCCCCAUUUGCAAACUAACUGUCUCAGAGACGUAUGAAAUGUACAUUAGUCGGAGUUACCAGGUGACCAAAGACAUUUUGGCGUACUGCAAAAAUAAAGGAAACAACAUUCUGUUUGUGGGACACGCUUCUUCAUUGGAGGCCUGCACUCGCCAGAUCCAGGGCCUUUCUCCGCAGAAUCCUAAAGAUUUUGUGCAAGUAGUCCGAAAGAUUCCUUACUUGGGUCUCUGUGCCUGUGAGGAGCAGGGGGAUACAGAAGUCUGGCAGUUGGUGGACCCACCAAUUCUUCCUCUCACGCAUGGGCCCAACCACAGCUUCAGCUGGAGAGAGACCUUACAGCAAGAAUGACCAUAUCUGCAUGGUCUGUCCACAAAAGACUUGUCACUUGCACUGGAAGCACACAACUGAACGUCUUUUUAAAUUGAUCUUAUUUGUCCCAUUCAUACAUUAUGCAAAUUAGAUAUUGAUUUGGGAAGUGUUUUUGUUUGCAGGUGGACUGAGGAGACCGCACUGAUUAAUAAACAAUGUGGUUGUGUUUACUGAGCCUUUAAGCAGGCUUUCUCAGGGCAUUGGCUAUCACUUUUAACAGGUGAAAAUGCAGAGUGGCAUAAUGUAACAUUUACCAUGAAUAUGAGAUUGCUUCCUGCCAUAUAUGUACAUCUUUGCAUUGAGAUGUUUUAAGAGCUUAUCUAUUUUAAACGCUGUCAUUUCUAAGAAUUUUCUUUCAAACUUAACUUGAAUACAUAAAAGAAAGUUUAUUAUCUGUUUAAGUAUUGUUAAAAGAAUAUCAAAUACAUUUGUAAUAUUUUACAGAUGGUUGACAAUCAGAAGAAUGAAUAAUACUUUGUCACAUUAUUUAAAUAACUGCCUCAAAACCAAAUUAACAUCAGCAAAAAUAAUUUGAAUAUGUGAAACACUGAUGUAAUUAAUGGAUAUUACAAAUUAUUAAGAAAUUAAAAUACUUUUAAAUGUGUAAUGUUUGAAUUAAGGUAUACAUAGGGAACUAGGGCUUUUUUCUUCCACAUGAACACCUGGGUCAUAUGCACCUUUACAUACAAUAUCUUUGAAAAUUUACAAUAGAUUAUUACAAUGAUGAUAUUGACAUAUAACU